CUGGAGAUGUCGCUUCGUGAAGGGCAGGCCAAUGAUGCCCUUCACAAUCUCCGCAUUUACCUUUGCAACAAGGCCAUCCUGUUCCGAACAACUGUUAGGCAGGCCAAAUCCCAGGCCCUGAAAACUCGAGCUUGGUCCCAGGUGACGUCGGUGCAGCAGGCAGUCUCCCUCCAUGCCAGCAUAUAUACAAAGACAAGGAAGCAAAUGAUGAAACUUGAGCCGGGGCAAGACCAGCUUCAGAAAUACAAACCCCUGCUUCGCGAGCAACUCAAAAUCAGCACUGCAGUGGGAGACCCAAAUGCCCGAGGUCAAUGA